AUGUCAGGUAGAGAAGAUCCAUUGAAAGCCGAGAAAGAUUUUUCCGCCACUUUGGAUGAAAAUAUCCCAUUAAUUGAAAAAUUAACUGAUUAUAAGCAAGCUAUAGAUAAAUAUUUAGUAUUGGAAAAACAAACUAGACAAUCAUCUGAUUUAGCAUCAUCAAAGAGAGUUUUGGUUAAGAUUGUGGAAACCUUGGUUGACAACAAUGAUUGGGAUUACUUGGAUGACUUAUUGACAAUUCUUAGUAAGAAGCAUGGUCAAUUGAAAUCCUCAAUUCAAACUUUGAUUAAAAGCACCAUUGAUAAAUUACCAAACUUGGAUGAGAAUGUUAAAAAGGAAUUGGAUCUCAAGAUCAAAUUAAUUGAAACCAUAAGAACUAUCACUGAUAAAAAGAUUUUUGUUGAAGUUGAAAGAGCUAUAGUGCUGAAAAACUUAUCCGAGAUUUAUCUUGAAAAAUUCAAUAAUUUAGAUAAAGCCACCGAGAUCUUAUGUGAUUUACAAGUUGAAACAUAUUCAUUAAUGCCAUUUCAAACCAAGAUUGAAUAUAUCUUGGAACAAAUUAGAUUAACUUUGGCUAAAAAAGACUUUUCACAAGCUAAGAUUUUGAGUCGUAAGAUUUUAUUGAAGAGUUUGAAAAAUUUUGAAAAAGCAGAGUAUUUAAAAUCGGUUUAUUUAAAAUAUUUAUUAGACAUUAGUACUCAUGAAAGAGAUUAUAUUUCAAUUGUUAAAAAUUCCUUAUUAUUAAUUGAAUUAUCAAAUAUUAAAGAAAAUGAAGUUGAAUAUAAAUCAUUAUUAGUUUCAAUCAUUUAUUAUAUUAUUUUAUCAAGUUAUGAUAACUACCAAUCAGAUUUAAUUAAUAAAAUUAAAAUUAAUUCAGUAUUUAUUAAAAAUGUUGAUUCUCCAAUUUUCAAAUUAUUAGAAAUUUUCACAACUAAUGAGUUAAUUCAUUGGUCAAAUAUUGAACAAAUAUAUAAACAAGAAUAUUUUGAUAAAAGUGAUAUUUUCAAAGACGAAAUCAAUUAUAAGAACUUACAAAAAAGAAUUGUGGAACAUAAUUUACGAAUCAUAAAUAAAUAUUAUCAAUUUAUUAAAUUGGAUCGAUUAUCAUACUUAUUACAAUUAUCAGAAAGCCAAGCUGAAACAAAUGUUAGUGAAUUGGUUAAUUCAGGUAUGAUUAAUGCUAAAAUUAAUAGACCUCAAGGUAUUGUCAAAUUUGAUAAAGUUAAUCCGGUUCCAAAGACAAGUAUUGGGAAUGAAAAAGGGGAAGCACCAUCAGCUAAUGAAAGCAUUAAUGAAUUAUUGAAUGAUUGGAUUUAUGAUGUUGAUAAAUUAUUGGAAGAAGUCGAUAGUAUUGGUCAUUUGAUUAAUAAAGAAGAAAUGAUGUAUGGUAUCAAACAAAAAGCAUAG